AUUCCACAAAACAUGGUUGCACACAACAUCAGCUGCAAAUUACUUUCUAUUUGAACACACAAUUAACAGCGACGCUGAGUGUCUUCAGAGUUAUUAUGCUCUGCAUAAGUAGUGUGUCUGCAUUGGAAACUGAAGGCUCACAGAAUGCUCUCAGUCCCGGUGAGAGCUAUCUUUUGUCGGUAUGGCACCACCGGCUGUACCUGUACUCCGCCGCUGCUCUCCUCUUCGGGGUCUGGUUCCUCCUGAAGGUGGCUCUGAACAAGAAAAGCUUCUCCAAAGAUGUCGGCCCGUUGGUCUCCAAAGCAGUGAAGAGAAGUGAGGGCUCUGACGCCGUGGUCCACUUGUCAGGAGUUAAGAUCUUCUACGGCUCUCAAACUGGAACAGCAAAGGGUUUUGCAAAGGAGCUGUCGGAGGAGGUGAAGACUUUGGGCAUACCAGCUGAGGUGAUCGACAUCAAAGACUACGAUCCAGACGAUCGACUUUCUGAUGAGUGCACCAACAUGUCCGUCUGUGUGUUCCUCGUGGCCACGUACACUGACGGAACCCCCACAGUGAACGCAGAGUGGUUCUGCAAGUGGUUGGAGGAGGCGUCCACUGACUUCAGAUACGGGAAGACCUACCUGAAGGGCCUCAGAUAUGCAGUGUUUGGUCUCGGCAACUCUGUCUAUGUCGGCCACUAUAAUACGGUGGGUAAAAACGUGGACAAGUGGCUUUGGAUGCUGAGUGGCUUGCGCAUCAUGACCAGGGGAGAGGGCGACUGUAAUGUGGUGAAGAGCCGUCAUGGCAACAUUCAGGCAGACUUCCUGGCCUGGAAGGUGAAGUUCCUGACCCGCCUCCAGGCCCUGGCCAAGGGAGAGAAGAAGAGCUGCAGCAGGAACUCUAAGAACGGAAGCUCCUGUAAGAACAAGAAGAAGGAACAGGAGGAGGACGAGGCAGCGCCUGUACCGCAGGACAACAGCUCUGAGGAGGAUCUGAUGGAGUCCAGCAGUGAUGAGGAGGAGUCUGGCCUGCAGGAUGAGAAAACAUCAGGUUCAGUCGUCGACAUGGAGGAUCUGGGCAACAUCAUGAACAGUGUCAAGAGAGCAAAGAGCAAAGAGGAGGGUGGAGAUGGCCUGAUGGUGAAGCUUUCCAAGGUGAAUGGACUGAAGAAGAUUGAAGAUGAAGCGGAAAGAAGAGAGAUGAUUACACCUGCCCUUAGAAAAGCACUAACAAAACAAGGGUACAAACUCAUCGGAAGUCAUUCAGGAGUGAAGCUUUGUCGAUGGACCAAGUCUAUGUUGCGAGGGAGAGGAGGCUGUUACAAGCACACUUUCUAUGGGAUCGAGUCUCACCGCUGCAUGGAAACUACCCCCAGCCUCGCCUGCGCUAACAAGUGUGUCUUCUGCUGGAGACACAACACCAACCCUGUGGGCACAGAGUGGCGCUGGAAGAUGGACCCUGCUGAGAAAAUCCUGGAGGAUGCCCUAGAGAAACACCAGACCAUGAUCCGACAGUUCAGAGGUGUCCCAGGAGUGAAGCCCGAGCGCUACGAGGAGGGCUUGGCAGUCAAACACUGUGCCCUCUCCCUGGUGGGGGAGCCAAUCAUGUACCCCGAAAUCAACACCUUCAUCCGCCUCCUCCACACCCAUCACAUCUCCAGCUUCCUGGUCACCAAUGCACAGUUUCCUGAGGAGAUCAGGAGCCUUGUGCCAGUCACCCAGCUGUAUGUCAGUGUGGACGCCAGCACCAAAGACAGUCUGAAGAGGAUUGACCGUCCACUUUUUAAGGACUUCUGGCCCCGCUUCCUGGACAGCCUCCGGGCCCUGGGAGAGAAGAGACAGAGGACGGUGUACAGGCUGACGCUGGUGAAGGCCUGGAAUGUGGAGGAGAUGCAGGCGUACUCUGAGCUUAUUUCUUUGGGACAGCCGGACUUCAUUGAGGUCAAGGGAGUGACGUACUGCGGGGACAGCCCUGCCAGCACUCUGACCAUGGCUAACGUUCCCUGGCACCAGGAAGUGGUCACCUUCGUCCAGGAGCUGGCUGACAUGUUGCCUCAGUAUGAGAUCGCCUGUGAACACGAGCACUCCAACUGUUUGCUCAUCGCACACACCAAGUUCAAGGUGGAGGGCGAGUGGUGGACCUGGAUCGACUACGAGCGUUUCCAGGAGCUGGUCCAGGCUCAGGAGGAGAGCGGGGGGCAGCAGGGCUUCUCUGCCCUGGACUACAUGGCCAAGACCCCCAGCUGGGCUCUCUUCGGAGCCACUGAGCAAGGCUUCGACCCCGUUGACACACGCUUCCAAAGACGCAACAAAACCAAAGACAUUUCAGGAUGCUGAUAGAUGUGAGAGAGAGGUGGGAUAAAAAGAACGAGGACUCUCCUCCAUAGACAAAAAUAGGGUUCUGUUUCUUUAUCCCAAUCCUCUUUGAGUUUCAAAGUUUCUAUAGCUGGAAAGCCUUUUCACUGACUCCACAUUUUCACUUAUACUCUUUCACCCUCUUUGCAUUUCUCUUUCAUUUGGAUCUUUCAUUUUAUUGGCUUGAGAUCCAAGAUCUGCCAAAAACUGACGGUCUAUUUCACUUCGUAGACAUUCCCCUGACAUUCACUUUAGGAGCUUCUCUCGCUUCCUAUAUGUACUCAAAUCUUUGAUACAUUCCUUUUUUUGAAGGGGUCAUUACUAUAAAUGUCAAUGAGUUUGAUCUUUUAAACUAUCUGGCAGCGAUUGGGAAGGUUAACACUGUUGAAGUAGAUCCCGUGAAUGGUUUCAUCAUCAUCAUUUCUGACAUUUGGUUAUAAUCCAGCUUCUAGUUAUACAGCUCAGGACAUGAUUAGCAUAUCAGGAGGAGCUCUUCUCCUCAUGUUGUCUGAGGGAGCUCUUUCCCAGACUCCUCUCCUCCUCAUUAGGACUGCCCGUGUUUGUACUCCGUGGUGAGGCUCUCCAGCUGUAAGAGAAAGGCUUCAAGGCUGCGUCUCCACUGGGAGUCGGCUUUAUUACCGGCUCUUUUUGAGGAAUCUUUGUGGAUUAUUUUUGCAGGUCCAACAAUCUCAGCUUCGCUUGGUUUCCUUCCUUUUGCUUAGGUGCUUUGCAGUAAAGACAGGUGGUUCUCCCAUUACGAUAGGUUAACUGUGAUUAUUAAUAGAAGAAAAAGUGGGCAAGGUUUUUAAGGAAUCCAACGUUAUUGAUAGAGAUAGCAUUUUGCAGUUUUUGAGCUAAAUUACUGAUGGAUGACAGUUAUAAAAAGGCAUUAGUAGUUCUGAUGUGAUCGUGGUUAAACAUACUAAAUGUAAUGCAGUGGAGCAGUGCAGUGAAGACGUAUUUUUUUAGGCUGACCAGGAAGUAACCAUAACAAGGGCUCCCUCAACAAAAACCAAUGGGAUUUCUCCAUUGGAUUGCGGAAUAUUGCAGAAAAUAGGCCCUGUGUUAAACACACAUUUAUGAUACUUCACACGUUUUGUUCAGCAGGAUAAUCCUCCACAUAUUAACACCACUUUUUUAAGCGUAAAACUAUCGCCUGAAGUGAACAGCUAAAGCUACGCUAUAAACGACUUCCAUGACGGUCGCAUGGCUUUGUGUCUCCACGGCUAAGCUAAAGGUGGCUAAUGGGUGACGUUUAGUAUUCUCAUUAGUCACUUGUUAGCAACCACCAUUCUUAUGAUACAUAGAAUCUUCAGACAUUCACCGUUGGGUAUUUACUGACGUAUUUUAUACUGUAGAACAAAAAGUGUUAGUCUCUUCAGCUUGUGUUAACCACAUAACUUAUUCCAGACGAAGGAACCAGAAAUGAUAGAAUACUAACUUAUUUCUGGGUUGUAAGACUUAAUCCUUUACCACUCUAUCGUAUCACUGUUUGGUAUUGCAGUUCAGUAAAGAAUACAUUUAAUAUAACGUUUUUAGAAUUGAGAUUACUACAUUUUCAAUACAUUUCAAGUCUUCUAUCAUUGUGACAAUGCAUCUUCCUCUUGUUUAAAUAGGGAAGACAACGAUUUGUAAACUGCAAAUGUGCAACACUUUGAAUCUAUUCAUCUAACUUUACAAUGUCCAAACCAGGAUAAGGCAUGAUUUAUGUAGCUUUACAUCAAUCCUACUCGUGAACUCCUCCUCAAGUCUCCAGCCUGCCAGGAUGAAGCCUUUUCUGAUAUUGUAGUGAAUACAGGUGUAUAAUUCAAGCUUAUUUCUAUUUCCUUUUAUUUGAAUGUAAAUUGAAAUGUUAAUGUUGAAGUCCGUUUUUUUAUUUGUUUGGAUUCAAUGUAAAUCCAGUUGUCAAUGUUUCGUUUUGAACUGUAAGAUCUGUCUGGGAGAACCAGCUGGUGUGGGGAUACAUCACUGUAAUAAACACAUGUGCAACAAU